AUGAGUAGAGUAAACCUCAUCGAAAAGAACUCUGAUUCUGAGUUAGUUGGAUAGGGAGAGGAAGCAGACUUCAAAAAUUUAUUUAAACUUGAUAAUAUUAGAGAUGGAGUUUCGUUAGGACUGGUGUAAUAAUUAGGGGGAGAGUAAGGAUUGGCGAAAAUAUUUUAAGUUGAUUUGAAGAGAGGCGUGCAAGACGAAGAACAAGUGAGUACACUUAGAAACAGAUACGGAGCUAAUUUACCUAUUGUAAAAGAAUUAACACCUUUAUGGAAAUUAAUAGUAGAGUGUUUAGGUGAUACAAUGCUGCAAAUCUUGAUUGUUGCUGCAAUUGUAUCAACUGUAUUGGGAAUUAUCGAGGGUGAAGGUGGAUGGUAUGAGGGCUUAACGAUAUUUUUGGCAAUCUUCUUGAUCAUAGGAAUUACAGCAGGCAACAAUUAUGCUAAAGAGAGACAAUUUGCUAAAUUAUAAUCAAAGCUAGACGAGGGACACGUGUAGGUAAAGCGAGGGGGGAAUAUAACAACAAUUAGCAAUAAGGAUAUUGUCGUUGGUGACGUCUUAUUGUUUUAAUUAGGAGAUAUUUUCAAUGUGGAUGGAUUAUAUUUGAGUGGCAGUGAAGUGAAAAUAGAUGAAUCAGCAAUGACAGGAGAGUCUGAUGAAAUGUUGAAGGCACCACUCGAUGUAUGUUUGAAGGAUUAGAAGGGGAAAUCUCCUUUUUUGAUGUCAGGAACUAAGGUUAAUGAGGGAACUGGAGUUAUGUUGGUUUUGCAAGUGGGUGAGAAAACAGUGCAGAAUGAAAUGAAGAGACUUGGUGAAAGUGAUAGUACACCAACUCCUUUGUAAGUGAAAUUAGAAGGAGUGGCAGAAACAAUAGGUAAAGUGGGUGUAAUUGUGGCAAUAUUAACAUUCGUUAUUCUGCUGGUUCGACUAUUCAUAGAAUAUGCAUAGAAUGAUGAAUAAACAUUUUGGGAAUAAUUUUGGCAUCUUGAUUGUCUCCAAAAAAUACUCAAGUUUUUCAUGAUUGGUGUUACUAUUAUUGUUGUGGCAGUUCCAGAGGGUCUACCUUUGGCUGUUACUAUUACCUUAGCCUUUUCGGUGAACAAAAUGAAAGAUGAAUAAAAUUUAGUUAAGACUCUUGCCUCUUGUGAAAUUAUGGGAGGAGUCAACAAUAUUUGUAGUGAUAAAACUGGUACUCUGACAAUGAAUACAAUGCAAGUCAAUUCAAUAUUUUGUUAUGGUUCUAAUUACAAAGAUUACCAGUUACUCUAGAUCAAGAAUCUGGAAAAGGAUUAUUUAGAUCUCCUGGCUGCCAGCAAUCUCUAUAAUUCAAGUGCAUAUCCUAAGAGAGGCAUUAAUGGUAAAUUCGAAUAAAUAGGAAACAAAACAGAAUGUGCUUUGAUAGAGUUUUGUGAUAUGUUAGGUUAUUAGCUGUCUAGUUAUAGACCAUCUGAUAAUAUAUUGAGAGUGAUUCCAUUAAAUUCAAAGAGAAAAAUGAUGAUUUCCCUUGUUCAUCAUAAUAAUAAGAUAUAUUUGUUUACGAAGGGUGCUCCUGAAAUGGUUUUAAAAAAGUGCUCUAAAUUUAUCAACUCAAAUGGAGAAGAAGCUAAAUUGACAUCUUAGGAUACUAAUAACAUUUAAGCACUCAGAACACUAGGAAAUGCAUACAAAAUAUUAAAUUAUCAUCUUGAAUAUGAUUUUGAUUCUAUUCCAGAAGAAUAUCUUUUAACUGAUUUAACUUUAAUAAAUAUAGCUGGAAUCAAAGAUCCUGUAAGACCGGAUGUUCCAAGUGCUAUUUAAUAGUGUUAUAGAUCUGGAAUAAUAGUCAGAAUGGCAAAAGCUAUUGCAAGAGAUUGCAAAAUUCUAGGACCAGAUAGUGACUUACAUGAAUAUGAAGCCAUGGAAGGAUCCUAAUUUAGGUAAUUGACUGGCGUUGAAGUGCAAGAAGUCAAGGAUCUCUUAAAAUUUUAAGAAAUUGUGGUUCAUUUAAAAGUAUUGGCAAGAGCAACUCCUGAAGAUAAAUUUAUAUUGGCAACAGGAUUGAAAUAAUUAGAUAAUGUGAUUGCAGUGACUGGAGAUGGAACCAAUGAUGCUCCUGCAUUAAGAAAGGCAGAUGUCGGAUUUGCUAUGGGUAUCACAGGGACAGAUGUUUGUAAAGAUGCUGCGGAUAUCAUUUUAUUGGAUGACAAUUUCAGUUCUAUUAUCACUGCAUGCAAAUGGGGAAGAAAUAUUUAUAAUUGUAUUCGUAAAUUCAUCUAGUUUUAAUUGACUGUCAAUGUUGUGGCUUUGUUUAUGAGUGUGCUUGGAGCAGCUGUUACAAAGGAAGCUCCCUUAACAAGUAUUCAAAUGCUGUGGGUGAAUCUAAUCAUGGAUACUUUUGCAUCCUUAGCUUUGGCAACUGAACCUCCCAGUGAUAGGCUUCUAAAUAGGAAACCUUAUGGUAAAAGAGAGAGCAUUGUCAAUUCAAUUAUGUACAGGACAGUUAUUGGAGCUAGUAUAUAUCAAAUUGCUAUUUUGUGUCUAAUCUUGUUUAUUCCAGAUAGAAUAUUUGAUUUUGAUGACUCCUUGGAUAAGGAAUAUGAAGACAGACCAAUAUAAAGAUUAACAAUGUUUUUUUAAACAUUUGUUUUGAUGUAAAUUUGCAAUUCGAUCAGCUGCAGAAAACUGGAUGAAGUGUCUCUUAAUCCUUUUAGUGGAUUAUUCAACAAUUCCUUAUUUUGGUUGAUAAAUUUAAUUGAAGUAGCAGUGCAAUAUCUUCUGAUUCUAUUUGGAGAUAAAUUCGCAGUUGUAUGUGAAUUAACUGUGUGGUAACAUAUAUUCUGUUGGAUAUUUGCAUUGGGUGGCAUGAUCGUAGCCAUAUUUGUAAGGACUCUACCUUCCAGAUGGUUUAAUGGCAUCAAUAUCUUUGCUGAGGAAGGCAUUGAAGAAGAGAAUUUAGAUGAAACAAUUGCCAGUAAAUUACGUCGUAAGAGUAGUAUCAGAAUCGGAUCAGUGUAUGAUGAGAAUCACGAGAACAAAAGAUCAGUAUAAAAGAGACUAUCAGUCUUUAAAGAAUGA